CUCUGGCAGCAGAUGCUACAAGAUCACCAGUGAUGACUAAGAAUUUUGCUGCUUUAUUGCUGAAAGGGGCUGAAGCAUUUAGAUGUGAGGCAGCUGAUCCGGCCAAACCCCACUAUAUCUGUUAGUCAAUGUAACAGCAAAAGUGGCCUCCAUGGGAGAAAAUGGUGGAUGGUGUAGCAAGUUACUGGGUCUCGAAAGGAGCCAUGGCCACUAAGAGUCUCAGCAGUGAACUGAUGUGUUUGGAAGGUGGUAUCACAAUGUGGGGCUGAGCUGAUGAAACGACAGCUAAUGCCGACGCCUGCCAAUGAUGGGAAGAGAACACAGACCUCAAACUUGGGAUCACUGGCCUUUUAUUAGCGUUUCCAUGGUUUGGAAUGGAUAUCGGUGGAACACUGGUUAAACUGGUCUACUUUGAACCUAAGGACAUUACUGCAGAAGAGGAGCAGGAGGAGGUGGAAAACCUGAAAAGCAUUAGGAAAUACUUGACCUCCAACACAGCCUACGGGAAGACUGGCAUUCGCGAUGUUCACCUGGAACUGAAAAACCUGACCAUGUGUGGCCGCAAGGGAAACCUGCACUUCAUCCGCUUCCCCAGCUGUGCCAUGCACAGGUUCAUCCAGAUGGGCAGCGAGAAGAACUUCUCCAGUUUGCACACCACGCUCUGUGCCACGGGAGGUGGGGCCUACAAGUUCGAGGAGGACUUCAGAACGAUUGCUGAUCUGCAACUCCAUAAACUGGACGAAUUGGACUGUUUGAUCCAAGGCCUCCUUUACGUUGACUCUGUUGGUUUCAAUGGCCAGCCCGAGUGCUAUUAUUUCGAAAACCCCACAGAUCCUGAACAGUGCCAGAAAAAACCUUACUGCCUUGAUAAUCCAUAUCCUAUGCUGCUGGUUAACAUCGGCUCAGGGGUCAGCAUCCUGGCUGUGUAUUCCAAGGACAACUAUAAGAGAGUCACAGGAUCCAGCCUCGGAGGAGGGACGUUCCUGGGGCUGUGCUGCCUGCUGACGGGCUGCGAGACCUUUGAGGAGGCACUAGAGAUGGCCGCGAAGGGAGACAGCACCAACGUGGAUAAGCUGGUGAAGGAUAUUUACGGAGGGGACUACGAGAGGUUUGGCCUUCAGGGCUCUGCUGUCGCCUCCAGCUUCGGGCAUAUGAUGAGUAAAGAGAAGAGAGAUUCCAUCAGUAAAGAGGACCUGGCCAGAGCUACUUUGGUCACCAUCACCAACAACAUCGGGUCCAUUGCUCGCAUGUGUGCGCUCAAUGAGAACAUCGACAAGGUGGUGUUUGUUGGCAACUUCCUCAGAAUUAACAUGAUCUCCAUGAAGGUGCUCGCGUACGCCAUGGACUAUUGGUCCAAGGGACAGCUGAAAGCACUGUUUUUGGAACACGAGGGUUAUUUUGGAGCUGUUGGGGCUCUGCUGGAGUUGCUGAAGAUGACAGAGGAUCAGUGAUGGAGCUGUUGGGGGAGGUUCCCACUGCAGAUGCUGCUGGAAAAGAGCGAAAGCCACUACAAGGAUGGAAACGAAGCCAUUAUGGUAGUUCUACCUGCUGGAUUUGUAAAUAAUUUAAAUCCUUUUAGCUGAUCUUUAACUUCUGGGUUUUGAGCUUCUACUUCAGAAUUCAUACUGGGAAUAACAAGAUCUUUUUUUUUCUGUACACUGUAUUUUUUAGGGGAAAAAUGUGCAAAGUGGCCAAACAAACAGAUUUUAUGGAUUUAUUUUAAAAAAAGUGGAUACUGUUUAAUGUAGGACCUGUAAUAUGAGGCAUCUGCUUUUCUUCUGGGGUUUACUGAUUAGUGUGGUAAUUUUAACUUCAUUUAGUAAUCACUCUAGGAGAUUUUUUUUAUCUUAUUUUCAUGACGUUUCAUGAUUUGUUCUUGGUUUCAAAUGAAACUGCAAAGCUGAUGCAUUUUACUGUGAAAACUAGUCAUUGAUUUAUUUUUUUUUUUUUGCCUUUCCACAUUAGAUGAGACACUUUAUUAUUUAACACCCCCUUUGCCCCUCCAAAAAAAUAAAUGUAUGAGCUGUCUUGGACUCCGUGUUCCUUGGCAAGAGGCUGGGAGAGAGCUUGCUGGGGGCAGGGGUAGUCGGGAUUUGCAACAGGGACAGGCACCAGUGGCUCUUGCAGGACUCAUUCUCCUCCACGUUAAAAAUUCUAAACAAGGUGCGAACUAAAACUUUAAUUCUUGCUUUGGCACUGAGAUGAAAUCCUGUUUGUGUGGAACAUCCCUGAUGUACGUGCAGAGUCCCCAAGUACAGCUGUUAUUUAUGGGGUACGUUCUUGGCGUUAGAUGACAAAGGGAAGAGAUUUUUUUUUUUUCAUUUAUUUGAAGACUUUUCUGUAGUCUGCAAUUCUUAACUUUUAUCUUAAUCAAAACCAACUGAUAACUGCAUUAUUUCAAAGCCCAGUUUCUAAAAUUAGAAAAUGAACUGCCUAAUGCAUUGUCUGGUUUUGAGCUAAUGUUAACUUUCCCUCCAGGUCACUGGGAUUCGAGGGUUUAUUCCAAUACAGUAUUUUCUCUCUUUUUUUUUGUGAUUUGUGGACCCCUCUAGAUGAUUUAUUUUUUCCCAGCUGAGAUCUCUGUACCUGGGCCUCCGUGCAGCACAGCACGCACGAACUUGCUUUUCUCGGGCACCAUGAGGGCUCACAAAUCAGAGGCUGAAAAAACCAGCCCAUAAAUUGUUUUGUCUUGCAAAGCUGCGUGUGAUGUCACGGCACGGAAAGGGCUCAUCACAGGGACAGUGUAAUAUUCAGAUAUUAUCCAAGAGAUUUUUGGAAGGGGUUUUAUUUCACUUUUUUUUAACAGGCGCCAAUUUCCGUAUCUCCCAAACGUUGAGAUAAAUUCGUAUGAAGGGGAGUGUUACCUUGUCUAACAGAAAUAAAGACCACUGCUGUUUGGAUGGUU